AGCAGUGCUACUCCGAGCUCUUCGGGCGCUGCGCCGGCGCCGCAGGCGGGGGGCCCUCGGAGGCCUCCAGGGCCGCCCCCAGCGUGGCCACCGCUGCCGCCGGCCCGGUGGCCGACCUGUUCCGGGCGUCGCAGCUGCCCGCCGAGACGCUGCACCAGAUCACAGAACUGUGUGGCGCGAAGCGGGUUGGGUAUUUUGGUCCAACACAGUUUUACGUUGCCUUGAAAUUAAUUGCUGCAGCACAGUCUGGCCUCCCUGUGCGGUUAGAGAGUAUUAAAUGUGAAUUGCCGCUGCCUCGCUUUAUGAUGUCAAAGAACGAUGGUGACAUGCGCCUUGGGACCCCAGCUGAGCUGCAUGGAAGUAAGGUUCAGAUUCCAUACUUAACCACAGAAAAAAAUGCCUUCAUGAGAAUGGACGAUGAGGACAAACAGCAGGAAGUGCAGUCUCCGCCGAUGUCGCCCCUCGCCUCCCCUCCUUCCUCCCCGCUUCAUUAUCAGAGGGUGCCUUUGAGCCAUGGCUACAGCAAGCUGCGGAGCAGCUCGGAGCAGACUCAUCCAGCUCCUUAUGAAGCUCGACAGUCCCUUGUUCAGCCUGAGGGGCCCUCACCUGUGGGCCCAGGAACCAAACCUCCUCGGCACCAGGCAUCCCUUAUCCAGUCCUUUUCAGUGGAUCGAGAACCACAAGAUAACACCAAUUACCCCGAGGAACCCUGGAGGAUUACAGAAGAGCAGCGCGAAUACUACGUCAAUCAGUUCCGAUCUCUGCAGCCAGACCCGAGUGCCUUCAUUUCAGGUUCUGUGGCUAAGAACUUCUUCACCAAAUCAAAGCUUUCCAUUCCAGAACUUUCCUAUAUAUGGGAACUUAGUGAUGCUGACUGUGACGGAGCUCUGACUCUGCCAGAGUUCUGUGCUGCGUUUCAUCUCAUUGUUGCCCGGAAGAACGGAUACCCACUGCCGGAGAGCCUGCCUCCAACCCUGCAGCCAGACUACCUGCAAGCAGCCUUUCCUAAGCCCAAGUGGGAGUGUGCGUUAUUUGACUCUUAUUCUGAGUCAUUGCCAGCAAACCAACAACCCCGCGACUUGAAUCGGAUGGAGAAGACAUCUAUUAAAGACAUGGCUGAUUUUCCUGUCCCAUCCCAAGAGAUGACUGAUAAUGACAAACAAGUUUUGAAAAGUACUACAGAUGAAGCCUUACCAAAGGACAUAUCCAAGGAUUCAGCCACUCCCAAGGAUUCCAACAGUCUCAAAGGAAGACCAAGAUCCAGAUCUUACUCUAGCACCUCCAUAGAAGAGGCCAUGAAAAGGGGCGAGGACCCUCCUACCCCCCCACCGCGGCCACAGAAAACCCAUUCCAGAGCUUCCUCCUUGGAUCUGAAUAAAGUCUUCCAGCCCAGUGUGUCAGCUACUAAGUCAGGAUUGUUACCUCCUCCGCCUGCACUCCCGCCAAGACCCUGUCCAUCACAGCCGGAGCAGGCAUCAGAGGCUGAGUUGCACCUGCAGCCGAGCAGAGCCCCCUCCCAAGCCGCCGAAGGCAGUCCCGCAAAGAAGGACAUACCCUAUUCUCAGCCUCCAUCAAAGCCCAUCCGUAGGAAAUUCCGAACUGAAAAUCAAGUUACAGAAAGCCAAGAGCCUUCUACCACGGCAGGUGGGCCGACAGCUGGGGCAAGUGUGAAGCCUCAUCCAACCGUCCAGAAGCAGUCCUCCAAGCAGAAGAAGGCGAUCCAGACUGCUAUCCGCAAGAACAAGGAGGCGAACGCUGUGCUGGCUCGGCUGAACAGUGAGCUCCAGCAGCAGCUCAAGGAGGUUCAUCAAGAACGGAUUGCAUUGGAAAACCAGUUGGAACAACUUCGUCCUGUCACUGUGUUGUGACCCCCAAGAUUCAAGUAACAGUGGGUGACCUUUUCUGCCAAGAUCUUUCCUUUGAAUGUUUCAACCCAGCUACUUGUCAUAGACGUCUGAUUGUGUCAAAAGCUGUGCACAAUGGACUAUGACCCACCGCGCCCUUUCUCUUGUACUUCACUGACAUAUUUUAUUGUGGUGGAAAAAUACAGCUGAUUUUCACACUUGACAUUGUAAUUAUCAGUGGAAUUUAUCUCCCAUUCUCAAGGUGUUAGAUGUUGCUCCUUACCAAAAAAUUAGUCUUCUAGCAAAUAAACAUAAUUUAGAAUAUUAUUUAUUUAAAGACUUUAUAAUUUUUAGACAACCUUAUAUCUAGUACCUUCAGGAUGCUUGUUUUAUUUUUGUAUAUAUAUCAUAUACAGUAGGUUGGUUUCCUGCAUAUUUGGAGUUCCUGCCAGAUAGUCUUUGGCAUGAUGAUCGUAUAAACUAAAGCUGAAAUAAAACAAAGCCUCCGGUUGAGAC